UGGACACUGGUGGAGGGAUGGGUUCUUAAACAUUGCAUGAGGGAAAAACAAGCACGAAAAUAUGUGAAUCUGUAACUGUACCCUCACUGUGACUCACUAAUUAAAAAAUAAAUGAAUAAAUAAAGGAAAAAAUGUUUUCCAGAGGGGGGAAAAAAAAGAAAGGGCAUGGUCCUACUCUAAUGCAUGGACUUCUGGUCAGGGUAUGGGGGUUGUGCUUGUCUCUGUGCUCACGGCUCUAACUUCUCUAAGUCUUUUUCAAAGCCUCGUUGGUGAUCGUCAAGAAUAAUAGGCUGGAGAGAAUGGUGUCGCGCCAUCUGAAAGACUGUCCCCAGGACCCGGUGACCUUCUCCGACGUGGCUGUGAAGUUCACCACAGAGGAGUGGAUGUACCUGGAUGCCUCUCAGAGGAAGCUCUACAGGGACGUGAUGCUGGAGAUCUACCAGCACCUUCUGGCUGUCGGACAUUCCGGGAUGAAGCCUGCGGUGAUCUCCUGGCUGGAAAGAGGAGCCCUGGGGCCAGAGAGGAGAGGCGUGUGUGCAGAACUCAAACCGCAGCUUCAGGAUGUGGCACUGCCACAGUUUGAUUUGAGAAAGGGAUCUUCAAAUAAGCGUGAGCUGGGAAGUGGCCAGCCCCAGUGGAAUGUCUCUGAUCUUGCGCUGUGUGACAAAAUCUCAAGUAAGCACUCGUGCCCUCAUCCCCACGGGGGUGGCGAGACAGCCCCUAUGUCCUCUGUUGGUGAUCAGAAGAAAGAGAGAGUCCUCGCUCAAAAGAAGCCCUCCCAGAGGAAAAGCUCCUCAAAGUCUGUUCAGCGCAGACCUCAAACACAAACCCCUCCAGCGGGGCAGCCCCUGGACAGUGGGAGAGGUGCACGUCCCUCACGCCGACAGGGCCGUACACAAAGUCACCGUGGACUGAACCCAUCCGUAUGUAAGGAGUGUGGGGGAGCCUCCCCAUGUUCUCAGCACCCUGAUGUUCCUUUCGAUACUCACAGUGGACAGAAUCCCCGGGAAAGUCAGCAGCGAGGGCAGACUUCGAGUCCGGCAUCACCCCAGUGCGACCACAUGAAUAUCCACCCAGGAGAGCAACAGUAUCCCUGCAAAGAAUGUGGGAAGGCCUUCCCUUACCCCUCAAACCUUUUUAGACAUAAGAGAGUUCAUACUGGAGAGAAACCGUACACAUGUGAGGACUGUGGGAAGGCCUUCACUCGACCCUCAUGGCUUCCUGCACAUAGGAGAAUUCAUACCGGAGAGAAACCUUUUCUAUGUGAGGAAUGUGGGAAGACCUUCGUUUAG